AUGACGUGGAUCCCCCACAUUCAAGAUCUCGAGCUAAGAACCAGUGCUAUCGUUAAGCAAAUGCGCCAGUUUUAUGGUUAUAAGUGGGAACUCAAUCCACACAUACAAAAAGUGUUAUAUGCGAUAGUAGUGGAAAAGAUAGCUACAUACGCAGCAGCAGUUCGGUGCCACCCAAUGCAAGGCAGGAUGUUUAAAAAUCUUUAUACCAUACAACGGCCCUUCACAUUGGGCUUUACAAGGGCCUACCGUACAACCUCAUUGGAUGCUCUUAAUAUAUUAGCUGGUCUACUCCCACUACACAUAAGAAUUGAAGAAGAGGCGGCCCGACAGAUUAUACUGCAACUCAAAAAGCCAACUGUGUUUGACGAAGAAUACUUCCAUCCGGAAGAAUAUGAAGUCAUUGAUCGACCACUGCGUGUCCAUCCAGCGAGCAAAGGCUCUGAUGUCAAAGUCGCCAUCAACCCGUCUACGACUAAUUCCCCCACACUAUUUAACAUCUUCACCGACGGCUCCAAAAUUGAUGAAAAAGCGGGAUGCUCAUACAUAGUCAUGCGACAUGAUACAAUUCAAGCAAGAUGGAAGGCACAACUUCGGCAGUAUAACAGUGUUUUUCAAGGAGAAGCGCUAGCAAUUGCCCAAGCAGUUAACUUUUUCCUCUCCUCUAACAUCCAUAAUGCCACCAUCAAAACCGACAGUUUGUCGUCGUUGCAUGCCAUCAUGAACCCCAACCAUGUCAGUAAAAUAAUACAGGGCAUUCAAUCAAAUCUGCGCCAAUGCAACCUGCACAUCAAGCUUGAAUGGAUCAAAGCACAUGCGGGUCAUCUCGGAAACGAGAUGGCGGACCAACUUGCCAAAGAAGCGGCGUUAGGCCCGACAGAUUUGCAGUUCAAUAUUCCAUGGCUAUUCACAUUUCUAAAGAAGUCACUUCGACUUAAAGCCAUUGGCAAGUGGCAACAAGAAUGGGAUGACAGUACCACUGGAAGACGUGUCCACUACCACAUCAGCUAUGUGGACACAGAACGGAACAUUGCCAAUUCACAGCUGGUUAGGUACAUUUCGGGGACAUGGACCUUUUCCUGUAUACUUCUACCGAUUUGGCAUCUGUUCCUCAGAUCAAUGUACGUGUGGACACACAGGCUCCCCGGAGCACUACCUAACUUCUUGUCCACUCACAGAGGGACAACAUGUUCCUAUACCAACGACUAA